AUAGAAAGGCGCCCGUGGCAAUCUCAGUAAGCAUUAAAGCUGUGAUUGGUGCGGACGAACGCGGAUUAGUGCGCUUAAAAUCAGGGUUCGGUUUUAGAGUGAAGUAAUGUUGCGCGGCCAAAUUUAUAAUUUCAAUUGAUAUAUUGCACAACUUGAAGCGAAAACUUUGAACCGAUUGACAACUACUUUUCGAUCCUUCAAGAAGAGUGCUCCUUGUGGAACUGACAAAAUUUCCGUGCAACCACAAUGACCGACAUUGAAGAUAUUAUCGCGAAGCUACAGCGCUUCUCGUGGCCGGACUAUGGUGUCUUCAUAGCCAUGUUUGUGAUCUGCAUAAUGAUCGGCAUCUAUUUUGGCUUCAUGAAUCGCAGCCUUUCAGAGUCCGACUAUCUAAUGGGCGGUCGCAACAUGCUGGUCUUGCCCAUUGCACUCUCUCUGGUGGCGAGCUUCAUUUCCGGCAUCACCUUGCUGGGCUUACCGACGGAGGUAUACUCCUACGGCGUCCAAUAUUUGUACGUCUCCUUGGGCGUAAUGGCAAUGGGAGUAGUGAUGGGCGUAUUUUACCUGCCCGUCUUUCAUCAGUUGAACAUCACAUCGACAUAUGAGUAUCUGGAGAGCCGCUUCGAUCGCCGUCUACGAAUGUAUGGAUCCGUAAUGUUUGCUAUUAUGAAUGUCGCUUAUUUGCCAAUUGUAAUCUACGUGCCGGCUUUAGCCUUCAAUCAGGUGACAGGAGUUGCCGUGCACACCAUCACGCCCAUCGUUUGCAUUAUCUGCAUCUUCUAUACCAGUUUGGGCGGCAUUAGAGCUGUCGUCUGGACAGAUGUGGUGCAGACCGUGUCGAUGGUGGGCGCUCUAAUACUGGUAGCCGUCAAAGGAAGUCACGACAUUGGCGGCGCAGGGGUGGUGCUGAGAAACGCUUGGGAAACGGACCGCAUCGAAGGGCCCGACUUGAGUAUAAACCCCACUGUGCGCCAUACGCUGUGGUCCCAACUCAUCGGGGGCGUGUUCUAUUGGACCCAGACGAAUGCGGUUUCACAGAAUAUGAUUCAGCGCUAUCUUUCGUUACCCACCUUGCGUGCCGCUCGCAUAGCUUUAUUCAUCUUCUGCACUGGCGUGCUGAUCAUGAUGGCGCUUUGUGGCUACAAUGGUUUGCUAAUAUACGCUACGUACAAAAAUUGUGAUCCGCUCACCACAAAGCUGGCUAAGGCACGGGAUCAACUACUGCCUCUAUUCGUAAUGGAUACAUUGGGGGAUUAUCCCGGGCUCACGGGGCUAUUCAUUGCUGGAGUUUUUAGUGCCGCGCUGAGCUCGCUUUCCACAUGCUUGAACUCAAUGUCCGCUGUGGUGCUGGAGGAUUUUGUCAAACCCUUUGUGAAACGACCGUUAUCCGACUCGGCGAUAAAUUGGAUAAUGAGAUCGGUUGUGGUGGGGAUGGGUGUCCUUUGCGUCUGCCUGGUCUACGUUGUUGAACACAUGGGAACUGUGCUCCAGUUGACUAUGAGCUUAGAAGCCAUCACCAAUGGACCGCUCUUCGGAAUAUUUACUAUUGGCAUCUUUAUGCCGUGGAUAAGCGGCAACAGCGCUUUAACUGGCGGUGUGGUGGGCGUAAUUGCCAUGUCGUGGAUAAGCUUGAAGGCACAAUGGGCUAUAGCUUCGGGCGCCAUUAGAUAUGAAACGAAGCUCAUCACUGUUGAUCAAUGCGACUAUCAGUUUGAACGAACCGGCCUAUCAUUGAGCCCAUCCAAUAUGACCGCUUUGAAUGCGGCGGCAGAUCGCAGCGAAAUAUUCCCUUUGUACCGGAUUUCCUACAUGUGGUUUACUUGCCUGGGCGCCUUGAUUACAAUUUUCAUUGCGGUUCUUUAUUCGAGCAUAGCUGGUGGUCGCAACUUCAAGGCGGUGGACCCUGAGCUUUUGACACCUUGCAUUAGAAAAUAUAUGCGGAACAGAGGCGAUUAUAUGAAAAACGCACAUAAAAAUGAAGUCCCGUUGAAGGUGCGACUUGCCGCAGACGAGGUGGCCUUAUAGGUUAAUUUUUAAACCCGUUUGAAAGUGUUAUCCUUAGAAUAGAAAUAAUCAAAUGAUCAAUUACUGUUUAUUGAGGUGAAUUUAUAAGUUGAGGUGAAAUAAGAAUAUCGUGUGUGGUUGUUUCAACACGAUUUUGAAAAAAUAACGGAUAAGAGAGUCAAGUAAGAAAUAAAUCCAGAAAUAUACCCUAAGUGUUAAUAAUACAAUA